AUGUCGAAUGACGAAGAUGAGAACACGCCAUCGAUUGGUUUCCUAGAUUAUCCCAAAAAAUCUCUCGUGGACACCCCAUGUGGUGAUGAAGAGUCGGCGUUCACUUUUAAUAUUGUAGAAGAGGAUGAAGCCUACCAACGUGACAUCCCUUGCAAAGUUAAAGCGAUCCAGUUGCGCCUUGGAGAGCUGUACGACGAUGUUGGCCUGGCAUUGGAGAAGGCGGUACGAUCUCUCGGGUCCUCGCAGUGUGGGCAACAGGCCCGGCAAGCGACUUCUCAGUGUGGAAGACAGGCGCAGAGCUCAGUUUGCUGUAAAAAAUACAAAGUUGCCGAGAAGGUUGAUGCGCUGUCACAGAAGGCAUUCAACCUCAGCCACUUCCGUGGUUCUUGGGAGAGCGCGAUCGGUGUAAACAACAAUUCAUCGGAAUCAACCGAAGAGACUCAUGACGAGUCGUUUGAGUCAUGGGACGACACCACAGAUCAAGGAACGGCCACUAGCAGCAUCACUAGGCAAACAGACCAUACCGACCUCACCAAACGCACACAAAACAUAGACAACUCGACGAAAGGACUGCAGAAUAAGAGCUAUGCACAGCUAACAGUUGCAACUCGAUCCAACGACACCUUCGACACAAGUACUACGAUUCCCUCGUUCGGCACCGGUACCGGCACUGGCAUCAGUAUCGGCGCCUCCUCAACAGAUCUCUUCUCUCCGCACUCCAUUUUGAGCGGCGAUGAUGGACUCUCAUCGAUUCUCUCGCCGAAAGUUUCCCAAGAUGUGGACGACACUCUGACUUCUAAUAUCAUUUCUUCCAAGCUUCCAGAGACUGCUGCGCCUACAAAACCAGUGAUCCGCGAGGCAAAGGAAGUCGGCGACGGGUUUUUGCUUCGAACCAGAAGCGGUCCAGGUCCUAACAAAACCACCGAAAGGAUAACUCUUCCGCCUCCGCGUUCAAGAUCCUAUGGAAGUUCUGAUCUAGCGAAGAUUGCUGCAGCCCUCAACCGACAAAAGCAUAAGGUAUUUGCAGUUCUUGCUGCUGACCGCAACUCCCCUAGACACUUUCGUGCCAGCUCAAAGGCUUCUGAGAAGACCACUACCGAGAAAAAGGAAUUGAGCAGUAAUGCGCUCUCCGAUAUUGUCGAGGAAGCGGAGUCCGUUUCCCAAUCCGAAGUCAGUUCAGCCAAACAGUCCUAUAUUGACGGUCUACUACUAGAGACAAACGUAAGUGACAGCGCAAAACUCCGAGAGAGGGAAGCUCUCUUGGCCAGGUUCGCAAAGAGCAGCACUGAAGUCUACGGUGCCGCAGACGACGACACAGAAGUACAAGAAGAGGCGCGAGGGAAACUAGACGAACAAGAAGAACCACCAGAGGAACAAUCGGAUUCACCGGAAGAACAGAAGGAGGAACAGAAGGAGGAACAGAAGGAGGAGCAACAGGAGGAAGUUCACCAGGAGGAACAACGGGAGGAAUCACCGUCGGGACGACAGGACGAAGUGCAUGAGAUAGACUUGCCCGCAAGCAAGAAGCCGGCAAGUCGUAUUUCUUUAUUUCCAUUCUCUGGCAAAAACAGACGUACCCAAAACAGUCAGAGCAAAGGAGAUCCCAAUGUCAAGCGAGGAUUGGGCGUUUCAGGCCCAGCAGUAGGGACACAGAACAGAAAGAACGCCAGAAUCAAACUGAAUGUGGUUACAAAGCUCCGAUACAAACUAAAGCGCAACAACACUGCUGCGAGACAAGAUGAUGCCAACCAGAGCCCAAACCAAGAAAAUGUUUUAAUGGAACCGCGAAAGUCUACUUCUGAAGUCAAAACAGAGCCAACCAACUUAAAUCAAGCUGACUAUAGAACGUCAGAGUCGACCUUCCUGGACUCACUUAUUCAAAACAUUCAGGAUGAAGAGCAACAUAACAAUCAUGGCAUUCAAGCUUUUGCUAAAGAAGGGACGGUUUCCAAGACCAACAAAGAAUUGUCCAUGCACCUGCCGAUGCAUAGUCAACGUCACCAUCAUGUGGACCAAACAAAGAUAAUGUCAACUGAAGAUUGCAUUGAAGUGGCUGCAGUUGUUACUAAGCCCACAAAGCCUGCUCAUUUCUUCCCUGAUUUUGAUUCAACAGGCGGCGCAAAAAAGUCGCAGAGUACAUCAUGGCAGCAAGGAGAAUUCCAUCGAGACAAUAGUAAAGACACUGUGCUCCCUGACGAAACUAUUUGUGAUGCACAUGAUCUCUGUGCAUCGCCUGUAGACCUACACGAUAACCACUGUUGCUCAAGCUCAUCAAAGACAUCUAUGACUAAGACAAAAGGUUGGAGAAGAAGUCUCCGAAAGCGAACAGCCAGCCUUUUUGGACGAAGGAGAAUGAUGGAACGCAAGAACGCUUUUGUGCAAGAAGAAGCAGUAGAGGAGGAAGUCGUGGAGGAUGAAGAGGUGGCGGUGGAGAAAGAAGAGGCGGAAGAAUUGGAAGAAGAAGAGCUGCCUUUGGAUGAGUGGGAAAAUACAGAAGAAGACGAUAUAUUGUUACCAACUGUGUUUUCCCGGCAGAGCUCUUCUGACAGCAAAAGUUCAAUGUCUUUCUCGUUCUCAAGUCAGAUGAAGAAGCUUUCGAUGUUGGAGCUUAUUUCUGUAAUUCACGAAGAGCUGAAUAGGAUGGAAAACCAGGGUCGCCAAUGCCAUCUUGCUUCCGUGGAUGAGCGUUCUUGA